AUGGGGCCACCUGCGGCGUCGUCGACGGAGCGCCGCGAGCCUCGGAUCUUCGAGACGUGGGAGGGCAACGACCGAUUUUUCUGCGACGGCCGAUGCAUGACCGGCCCGUCCCCCGGGUCGCUCGCGGGCACGUGCGCGCUCGUCCUCGUCCCGUCCAUCGUGUUCAACGCCCUGGUCGUCCCGGACGUCGCGUCGAAGUACUCGCUCGCGUUCACCGUCGUCGCAAUCGCGUGGCCGCUGUGGUGCCUCUCGUGCCUAGUCGCCGCGGGUACGACGGACCCGGGCAUCGUUCGCAGGGAACCGUACCGUCCGCCCCCCGAGGGCCGCGCCCGGGCGAGGUACAAGGAAGAGCGCCUCCCCAACGGUAAGAGCGUCACGGUGAAGUGGAACGACACCUGCAACCUGUACCAGCCCCCGAGGGCGCACCACUGCAGCGUCAACGACGACUGCAUCGACAAGUUCGACCACCACUGCCCUUGGGUGGGCACGACCAUCGGCCGGCGCAACUACCGGCCAUUCCUCGGGUUCGUCUUCGGAACCGCGAUCCUGUGCGUCUUCGUCAUCGCCACGUGCGCGCUGCAGAUAAAGAUCAAGUACGACGAGCUCCCGGCGGACGCGCAGUCGAGGAACUUGAAGGCGAUGGGAAAAGCCCCCGCCGCGAUGAUCGUGCUCUUCGUCUCCUUUCUCGGUUUCUGCUUCGUCGGCGUGCUGUCCUGCUUCCACGCGUACCUGGUGGCGACGAACCAGACGACGUACGAGAACUUCCGCGACGGGUACUCGUGGGACGAGAACCCGUACAACAAGGGUUUGGUCGGGAACUGCCUCGAGGCGUGGUGCUCGCGAGCGCCGCCGAGCCGGUUCCGCUUUCGC